AUUAAAUGAAAUGAAGAAAUAAAUAGCAGAAUAUUACAGACGGAUAGGAAAAAAGUGAAUUUGACAUUGCCUCCUUCAGUUUCGAAUGACAUGUCAGAUCGCAUACAAUGUUCAUGGUUGGCGUUUAGUUUUCUUAACCAGCUUGAGUAAGAGACGAAUGCAUAGGCUCGCUCAUACUUUCAUUUCAUUGUAUACAAAUAUUGACAUUUGCUCCUCGUGACAUGUUUUACUCUUUUCUACUUCUGCAUAUAGCACAAGGUCCAAUUUCUGUCAACUCGACACUUCUGUAUUUUGACAAAGCCUUGGCCAAAUUAGGUUGCGUUUGUCAAAUCAAUGGGAUCGUGUAUUACUAUUCAGAUGAGCUAAAGAAGCAUUAUAACAUGGUGUGGGAAGUUAAGAGUCCUCUGAGCAGCAGCAGUACUAUGUUGGAUAUCACAGGGCCAGAGGCAGGUAGUGACCAGGGAUUGGUCCUGCUCCAGUGUGAAGAACAGCUGCCCUCCUCCCCCGGAUGCCCCACCAGUGACAGCCACAUGGAAUACGAUGACCUCCCGGAGCUGGAGGAGGUGGAGGAGGACCAGACAGCCGCCGAUGUGUUUCAGGUGGGGGCGAGGGUGUCCCAUCAGGAACGUGACGAACACCCACACACUCACACGGCCGGGCCCCCGGACACACACUGGCUCACACAGCUAGCUCACAUUGCCACAGGCCCCCAGAGUCCCUUGCUACAGGGCUCCACUCAGGUCGUCAGUUCAACUCCCAUCCACAUCUUUGGCACCAGUGGUAACCUCCAUUCCUACGCCCGGCCUCCCCACACCCGGCCUCCCCUGACCUCCAGCAGCCUGCCUUCUAGAGGCCAACACAGGGAGUGCAGCAGGCGUGUCAGGGUCAGUAGUGAGUGUGAGUCUGCUGUGUACUGUCACUCCUCUGUGUCUGAUGACGAGGACAUGGGCUGGAGCCACUCUUGGCCACCUACUGCCUGGCACUGCUUCCUCAAAGGCACUCGUCUGCAGUUCCAUAAGGGUUCUAGUGUGGAGUGGCAGGAUGCUGAGGAACUGGUGUCGGACGAAGACUUAGACGAAGAGACAGAGGCUAUAUCCCACCCCCUGAAGGGCUAUGGUCGUGAGGGUCUGAGGCUGGUGUCCCACACAGAGAGCCGGGCGUUUGGCCAGUCCGUCCUCAAGCUGACCUUUGACCCAGGUGCCUGUGGGGAGUGGCUUCUGUCCGCUGAGUGUCAGCUGGACCACCCAUUCUAUGUCAGAAACAAAGGCUGGUCGUCGUUCUACCCCAGUCUGACCGUGGUGCAGUAUGGGAUCCCGUGCUAUGAGGUGAUGGUGGGUGACGUGUGUCUGCCUCCUGGACACAGAGAUGCCGUCCACACUGACGACUCCAUGGUGUUCGACACGUUCAGGAGUUAUGACUUCACUCCCCUGGACUCGUCGGCGGUGUACGUUCUGAGCAGCAUGGCCCGGCAGCGUAGGGCCUCCCAGUCCGGCGGGGGCGCCGUCAGCCCCGACCAAGACACACACCGCAACAAGCCAAUUAAGAGCCAGCGGGACUCAGGAGCAGCCGGGGUGGCUUCGCCCACGAAGUGCAAGCGGCCAAUGAAUGCAUUCAUGCUAUUCGCAAAGAAGUUCAGGUUGGAGUACACCCAGAUGUACCCUGGGAAGGACAACAGGGUAGCAAUCAGUGUGAUCCUGGGAGAGAAGUGGAAGAAGAUGCGAGGAGAGGAGAGGAGGAUGUACACCAUGGAGGCCAAGGCCCUGGCUGACGAGCAGAAGAGACUCAACCCUGAUUGCUGGAAACGCAAGAGAACCAACUCAGGUUCCCAGGGGAACUAAGAGGCGCAGACACAGGAGAGAGGGAUGAGGCAGAUGACAGGAGAAAAGAGAGGGAGGCGAUGGAGGGGAGGGCAAACUUGGAAGAGGGGUGUAUGGGGGGGAGGCAGUACACGGAAGACACAUGCGCGCGCACAUACACACACUUUAGUUACAAAUAUAGAUGUACAGUUGAAGUCUGAAGUUUUACAUACACCUUUGCCAAAUAAACUUACGACUUCAACUGUAUUUGGCAAAGGUGUAUGUAAACUUACGACUUCAACUGUACAUACACUUAGGUUGGAGUCAUUAAAACUCGUUUUUCAACCACUCCACACAUUUCUUGUUAACAAACUAUAGUUUUGGAAAGUUGGUUAGGACAUCUACUUUGUACAUGACACAAGUAAUUGUUCCAACAAUUGUUUACAGACAGAUUAUUUCACUUAUGAUUCACUGUAUCACAAUUCCAGUGGGUCAGAAGUUUACAUACACUAAGUUGACUGUGCCUUUAAACAGCUUGGAAAAUUCCAGAAAAUUAUGUCAUGGCUUUAGAAGCUUCUGAUAGGCUAAUUGAUAUCAUUUGAGUCAAUUGGAGGUUAUGUCAAUAUAGGACUCGUUUUACUGUGGAUAUAGAUAAUUUUGUACCUGUUUCCUCCAGCAUCUUCACAAGAACCUUCGCAGUUGUUUUGGGAUUGAUUUGCACUUUUCGUACCAAAGUACGUUCAUCUACAGGAGACAGAACGCGUUUAUACUUGCAUACUAUUGUUUGUACAAAUGAACGUGGUACCUUCAAGCGUUUGGAAAUUGCUCCCAAGGAUGAACCAGACUUCUGAAGGUCUACAAUCGUUUCUCUGAGGUCUGAUUUCUUUUGAUUUCCCCAUGAUGUCAAGCAAAGAGGCACUGAGUUUAGUGUAUGUAAACUUCUAACCAACUGGAAUUGUGAUACAGUGAAUUAUAAGUGAAAUAAUCUGUCUGUAAACAAUUGUUGGAAAAAUGACUUGUGUCAUGCACAAAGAUGUCCUAACCGACUUGCCAAAACUAUAGUUUAACAAGACAUUUGUGGAGUGGUUAAUGAACAAGUUUUAGUGACUCCAACCUAAGUGUAUGUAAACUUCCGACUCCAACUGUAUAUAAUAUACUAACUGUGCUUGAACAUAAGAUAUAUUUUUUAUGUCCGACUUGCCUUAAUCUUCCAAAGCAAGAAUGUAUUCUUUUUUAAAUCAUUUUUGAUUCAUUUCAGGUCAUUUCAUACCUUAUAGCUUGAAAAACAUGAGCCCCUGUGGUGCUGUAGAGUAGGGAAAGGGGAGGUGAAAACAACAUGUCUAUUUUUCAACCAGAGAUGAGUCUAGGGAAUUUAAAAAUGCUUCCGAUUAUGCCUAUAUUUGUAUAACUUUAUAUGUUAUUGCCAUUUUAUUUUAUUAUUACUAUUUUCACUUUGUACAUGCAGAGGGGAAGGGAGAGAGGGGUGGGUGGGAUAUGUGCUUAACCUUGUAUUCGACAUGGACACCUACCCCUUAGGCACUUAAAAGGAAAACCACACUCAAAAACUAUCUUUUGGUGUUUGAUACAUUAGUCCACUGUUGACACCAAAAUGUUUACAUGUCAGCGGUUUUCAGGAUGCUGGAUUAUCAAGAAACAAAGUGUCACUGGCCACAUCAUAGUUUUUGAGUGGAUGUUUACUUUAAAGUAGAUCUUAUCUCGUCGUCUCAUAUCGACACUAGUGUCCAGUGGGUAGGGGUUGGUUUGGACCUGGGCAUAUCUUACCCAGGUCAAGUGCACUGGGUGUGUGACAAACGACUAGGCCAUAUGUUAUAUUAUAAUGAUGUUAACAUACCUAUGGGACAGACAUGCAUAUUCUCACUGCAAUUAUGCACUAUAUACACUGCAUCUUCUGUACGGCGUAUAUGUGUCGUGUACAUCAAUAUGUAACGAAUAAUUCAAGUACAACUGUGCGCAAGUGUAAUUUCGGACUCAAUCUCAGUUUUAACUAUCAAGAUUGUGAAAUUGAUUUGAUUAAGUUUAUUUAUUUGUCUUCACCAAUAAUGCACAGGUUCUCCUGAAACUUGUACCCACAACGCUCUUGUAUUAUAGUAUAAAUAAAAGCAUGGAUCUGAA